AACUGAAAAUAAAAGAGACGUCAAAAGUGUAUCACAAUCUGAGCUUAAUUUAUAUAUUUUAUAAGCAUUCUUAUUGUACCAAGUGUUAAGUGUAGAAUUUAUAUAUUUAAGGCAUAUAAAAAUGUCGCAAAAUGUCAAAAGAUUUAAUUUUAUUUUAAAUGCUGUAAUAUUUUUGCUGUUUUUAUGCAUAACGGAAAGUGAAAAUGCCGCGUUCUGUACUAAGGAUGAUAAAUGUGUGGAGCCCUACGUUAAUCAGGCUCGUUACGAUCACUACCGUAUGUACUAUGUUGAGUUAGAUAGUGAAGAGCAUGUCAAACUCUUCCAAGACCUUGAGGAGCAGAGUGACAGCUGUACUUUCUAUGGGCAUGCCUUGCGACCAAAGCAAAAGUUGACCAUUAUGGUUGCAGCUCAUAAAGUUUCAGAUUUUGCAGACUUGCUCAUGACGUACAAAGUUAAGCAUCGCGUUCUGACCUACAAUUUCCAAGAAAAGAUUGACAAGAAUAUGCUAGAGGUUAAGCCUAAAACUACAAAUUUGAAGCAUUUUGGUUGGAAACAUUAUUAUCAUCUAGAAACCAUCUAUGAAUGGUUAGAACACGUAGCAGAACAAUAUCCACAAGAUGUAACAUUGCUAAAUAUGGGUGAUAGUACCGAAGGUCUGCCGAUUAAAGGUCUAAAAUUGUUCAUUGCUUGA